GUCGCCAAUUCUUCUCUCCUUUAUCUUCUUUUCAUUGUUGUCCUCAUAAUAGUGAGAUUGCAAUUUCUUCGAGCUUUGAAAAUGGCGAAAGGGAAGAAAGAGCUGCUAGCGUCAGCACCGUGGAGGGUUGACCAAGAACAAAAUGAAAAAUUCAAAGACGCAAGGCUUAAAGUCACAAGCCAACCUGGUAAAACAUCCACUAUGCACGUUCCUGGUAAAAAAACCGUGAAUUCCAAAGACAAGGAAAUAGAUGAUUCUCUUGAAAUUGAUCCUGAACUUCGUUACAGCUUCCAACGUAACUUUCAGUUUCUUCAGCGUGUCUUCAGCAUUGACACUAUUGUUAAACCUCUGCCUCCUACAAUGGCAUACAAUGUUUCUCGUAACUUGACCUUCUUUACGAGUAUCUUUACGCAAUUCUUUGAUCCUGAAGGAAUAGCAAAUGCACAAAAAUCUCUCGGUUUAGGACAGGAAGAAAAAGUUCGUAAGGUCCGUUGAAGGGCUUGUUUAAUCUCUGCAAGGAGUAUUGUUGAGUUUUCUUUUUCCUUUGCUGUACCUCUGAUAUUCUGGAGACUCGGGCAAUUUUAUACUCAUAUAUAACAUUUGCUGAUAAAUGAGAAGUAAUCUUUAAGCUCAUUAA